UUAUUUUGCUAGCAGCGCACACAGAAGCGUGCACACCCCUAAACCCCCAUGAGAAGAACCCUACUCAGAGCUCCCUUAACUUUCCCUGCACAUUCUCUUCUUCCAAGACCUCUUCCUCAUCCCUAUAGAAAUGGUGGGUCUUCAUCAGAAGCAUCAAAUUCGGACCCAACCUCAAGUUUCAGCUCAAAUCCCAGGUGGGUCUUCACCAACUCUCUCCCUCCUCCCGAAUGGGUAGAACCAUUCAAUGAUGUCUCUGACUUGGUCUGUAGCCCUCAACAACGAGAACUAUCUCCAUGGGUUGACCAAAUUCUCAAUCUUUUAGCUGGUUCUUCGAACAUGGAAGCCAAUUUGGACUCUUACUGUCACAAAUUGUUGAUUAAAUUGUCGCCCAAUUUUGUUGCCUAUGUUCUAAGAUCAGCUGGGCUGCGCAAAGAUCCCGAAAUUGCAUUGCGGUUCUUCAAUUGGGCUGGCAAGCAGAAGAGGUAUUCUCAUAACCUUGAAUGCUUUGUUUCUCUGAUUGAUCUUUUGUCGUUGUGUGGUGAUUUAGAUCGUACCAUGCUUGUGUUUUGUGAACUUAAGGGUAAGGGUUUUCUAAUGACUAUGUCAGCUGCGAAUUCGUUUAUUAAAAGCUUUGGGAGUCUUGGGAUGGUUGAGGAAUUGUUAUGGGUUUGGCGCCAAAUGAAAGAGAAUGGGAUUGAGCCAAGUUUGUAUACGUACAAUUUUUUGGUGAAUGGGCUGGUGAACUCGAUGUUUAUUGAAUCAGCCGAAAGGGUUUUUGAAGCUAUGGAAGGUGGGAAAAUUGCACCGGACGUUGUGACUUACAAUACAAUGAUUAAAGGGUAUUGUAAGGCAGGGAAUGUCCAGAAAGCAAUGGAAAAGUUAAGCAGUAUGGAAGCAAACAAUGUGGAACCUGAUAAGAUUACUUACAUGACUCUUAUGCAGCUGUGCUAUUCCAAAGGAGAUUAUGAUUCUUGUUUAGGUCUUUACAAUGAAAUGGAAGAGAGGGGAAUAGAAAUUCCACCCCAUGCCUAUGGUUUAGUGAUCGGUGGGCUUUGUAAAAAUGGGAAAUGUAUGGAAGGUUAUGUGGUUUUUGAAAAUAUGGUUCAGAAGGGUUGCAAAGCAAAUGUAGCUAUGUAUACGGCAUUGAUUGAUUCAUAUGCGAAGUGUGGGAGCAUAAAAGAGGCAAUAAAGCUGUUUAAGAGAAUGAAAAACGAUGGGUUUGAACCAGAUCAAGUUACCUAUGGGGUUAUUGUGAAUGGAUUAUGUAAAAGUGGAAGAUUGGAGGAAGCAAUGGAAUACUUUGAGUUUUGCAGAGGUAAUGGUGUGACAGUAAAUUCUAUGUUUUAUUCUAGUCUAAUUGAUGGUCUUGGAAAGGCUGGGAAAGUAAAUGAAGCUCAAAUGCUAUUUGAAGAGAUGGUCAGUAAGGGAUGCCCAAGGGACUCAUAUUGCUAUAAUGCUCUUAUUGAUGCCCUAGCCAAGUCUGGGAACACUGAUGAAGCGCUAUUGCUCUUUAAGAGGAUGGAAGAUGAAGGUUGUGAUCAGACAGUGUAUACAUAUACAAUACUUAUCGGUGGAUUGUUGAAGGAGCACAGAAAUGAAGAGGCAUUGAAGCUAUGGGAUAUGAUGAUUGAUAAGGGUAUUACACCAACUGCUGCAUCCUUUAGAGCUCUCUCAAUGGGUCUUUGUCUUUCGGGCAAGAUAUCCAGGGCUUGUAAGAUUUUGGAUGAGCUGGCACCAAUGGGUGUUAUUCCUGAGACAGCUUUUGAAGAUAUGAUCAAUGUGUUGUGCAAAGCUGGUCGUGUUAAGGAGGCUUGCAAGCUGGCUGAUGGAAUUGUUGAUAGGGGUAGGGAAAUACCAGGAAGAGUUCGUACUAUUCUGAUAAAUGCUUUGAGGAAAGCAGGCAAUGCAGAUUUAGCAGUUAAAUUGAUGCAUAGUAAAAUAGGCAUUGGGUAUGAUCGAAUGGGUAGCAUAAAAAAGCGAGUAAGGUUUCGGAUUCUCAUUGACAGCUGAGUCUUCUGUCAGGCUCUUAAUGUAACCAGCUUUGCUUGUGCCUAAUAUAAUGAUGACUCAUUGCGCUUA